AUGUACCAUUUGGUCUUCCACCUCUACUUGAUCUACAUGUACCUGAUGUACCAUUUGGUCCUGCGCCUCUACUUGAUCUACCUGUACCUGAUGUACCAUUUGGUCUUAGGCCUCUACUUGAUCUACCUGUACCUGAUGUACCAUUUGGUCUUAGGCCUCUACUUGAUCUACCUGUACCUGAUGUACCAUUUGGUCUUCCACCUCUACUUGAUCUACCUGUACCUGAUGUACCAUUUGGUCCUGCGCCUCUACUUGAUCUACCUGUACCUGAUGUACCAUUUGGUCCUGCGCCUCUACUUGAUCUACCUGUACCUGAUGUACCAUUUGGUCCUGCGCCUCUACUUGAUCUACAUGUACCUGAUGUACCAUUUGGUCCUGCGCCUCUACCUUGAUCUACCUGUACCUGAUGUACCAUUUGGUCCUCCACCUCUUCUCGGUCUACCUGUACCUGAUGUACCAUUUGGUCUUAGGCCUCUACUUGAUCUACCUGUACCUGAUGUACCAUUUGGUCUUCCACCUCUUCUCGGUCUACCUGUACCUGAUGUACCAUUUGGUCUUAGGCCUCUACUUGAUCUACCUGUACCUGAUGUACCAUUUGGUCCUGCGCCUCUACUUGAUCUACAUGUACCUGAUGUACCAUUUGGUCCUGCGCCUCUACCUUGA